ACUUGGUCGUGUGCGGAUCUUUUCCCGGAAUUGUGUCCCCCCUUUCUUGGCGCACAGCUGUGUCCUGUUCGUGUCUGUUGUUUCCGUUUCCGAAUAGUAAAAAAAAACUAAAGAAGGUAUCCUCAAAGGAGCGUUCGUAGCGAUAGCGCGCGUACGAAGAUAACAUUUCAUCGAAGGUGAAACAUCUUCGUUGAGCUUUUUCCCUAGCUCCGAAACUAUAUACUGUGCAGUGUCUAGUUUGCGUGCUUGUAGCCGACAUUCCCAAAAAGGGGUUAAUCCUUUUCGGGACGAGAGUGUACUUUGUGCAAGGUGGUAUUUGAGUUUUUCCUUUCCGAGAAGUUCCAUUCCGAAGAUUGAAGAACAAGCGAGCUUGAAAAAAACAACGAAGGGUAUUACAUAUUAAUUAUUAAUGGUGAAUGAAUUAUCCAGUCCGAGUCACUUGUUGUAGCAGCUCCAUUGACACGUGCUGUUCGGCAAUUGGGAAGAAGUUCACACGCUAAGCUGUUUGAUCGACCCAGUCUGGAUUCGUGGAAAGAAUCAAAAUCGUUUAAAAUACCAACACAGGCCCCUCUGUAUUACGAAUUGCGCCAUCUGGAAUUUGUUUUUGUUUUCACUUUCCGCGUGUAAGCGAGCGGAUUUUUGAUUCGCACGAGCAAAAAAGAGGAUUUCGGAAUUUGGUGCACAUCAGACGCAGCUGUUGGAAGUAAACAAUUUUUCUCUGGUCGAAAACGAAUUGAGGGAGAGCAGCAAAAUUUGUGCUGGCAGUUGGUGUGGCCCAAAAUAAAAGUGCGAAAAAACAAUUGCCUUCGCAAGGGGAUCCUAUUUGUAUUAAAAAACAAUCAAUCGAGUGCUUUUGUGUGGAAAAACGUGAUUUUUGCAGCAUCAAGUGAUUGCGUGGGACGUGAUUUAGAUCCGAGCGUUGUUACUGAGUGCGGCAUUCGGCGAUUGUUUGGCAGUGAUUAUUCUGGUGUGCAGUUUGUAGAAGUAAUUUCGAGUUGGAACCUGACUUCAGUUCACGGAAUAUUGCUUGGAGGACAAAUCUGUGGGCUGCAAUUCUCAGUUAGGAAUUGUUGGCGUUUACUCGGAUCCAUAGACAAUCCAAUAAUAGUUGACGGAGCUGCACUUUUGAGCUUGCAGCAGAGGAAAACUUUUGAUAGAGUUAAUUCAAUCAAUCAACAAAUAAUACACUGAUUAAAAGGUUGUAAAAAAAUCAACUUUUCUAUCCUGCUUUAAAUAAAGGUUUUGAAAGCUCAACAUAUUUCCUCACUGCCAAAAGCCGAUGAUCCGUCAUUGAAUGACCGCACAACCGGAUCCACUAAGCAGCAUCUGCGUCGCCGCCACAGUGCCAGCGUCUCCGUUCUGAGCGACCGGCGCGCACCGUCCAUCCACAUAUUCCCCGGCUCGGACAGAAACCGCGCGUCACCCACUAACCAACAUGUUGCGGUUGUUGCGCGCUACCAGCAAUCCUCUCGAACCGGCACCAUCGCUGAGAACCGCAAGUGCACUGCUUCUAUUGGCCGUACUUGUGCUUCUGGACCACAAUGUGGUCCUGGCGGUCGAUCCCGUUGGAACGGGUGGUCCCUCCAUGGUUCACGAAGGUGAAGACGCGCUACUGACCUGUGUGGUAAUGACUCCUUACAACAAUGACACCGUUCUGUGGCGAAAAGGGCCCUCGGAAAUCCUGUCGGCGGGCAUGAACCGCGUUACCAGCGAUAAACGCAUCAGCAUUCUGCACGACGACUCGCCCAAGGGAAGGAGCCCGCUCGGUGGUGACGUGUGGGUGCUGCUAAUUAAGGAUGCCCGCCAAAAUGAUAGCGAUGUUUACGUGUGCGAAGUGAAUAGCGAUCCGGUCGUGCGAAGUUUCCACCCCCUGAGAGUCAAAAAAGCAAGGAAAACAAACAGCACAACCACAACGGCAGCAGCAGCAUCCGAGUCAACUACUUCCCGGUCCAAUGCGGAGCCAACCUCCGAUGAGGAGGAGGACGAUGACGACGACGAAGAUGAAGAGAUCACACCCAACAACGGAGUGCCACCCAUUACACAUGACUUCACCGGUUGCUGCCAAGCCAACAAUGUCAGUGAAGCGUGUCUGGGAUUCUGUGUGCUGCAUAACAUUUUGGAUGGAGCUACCGGAGUGGAACCGGAACAAUGCGAAAAGGACUUCCCCAACAUUGUACGGUGCAUGGCAGACGGACGGAACCACGUGCCAUGCUGCUUGGAAAAGGGCAUACCGGAUCUCUGUCAGGAUAUGUGUCGAGGCGAGUACACCCCCUUUACCGACCUGCUGAAAUCUCGAGUAUCUUGCGUGCAGCACACUCUCCCGGGGCUUCAGUGCAUUCUGGACAACAUCCAAAAGCUACCCUCCGAACCGCAGGCAAUUUCUGUCGAAGCGCUUACUGAACGUUCCCUGCAGGUGAGCUGGUCCCCACCGGAGCAGCACGCCAAAACCAUCAAGUACUACCAAAUCAAUGCAACCAAGUUGCACUCGUUCGAUCAGGAUUUCCUCGCCAACGCAACUACCAAAGAUAGUUUGAUAAGCAUUCAGGUGUCGGCCGAUCAAAGCUCGGCCAUAGUCAGUAACUUGGAACCGUUCACCAUGUACACCGUGACGGUCAGUGCCCACAACGAUGCCGGAUCCAGCCUGCCGAGCAUACGGAUUCGAGCACUUACGCUGGAGAACGGAGUGGUCAACAAGGAAACGAGCGUGGCCGUGGUGCCCAUCCUGCCAGACGUGCGAGGGUGCUGUGUAAAAAACGGCGUCAGUCACCGUACCUGUCUGGACAAAAUGUGUGACCCGGUCAAGGCAGAUUUUACCGAGGUCCCCGAUCUGAUGGUAUGUGCUCCCUGGGCAAACAUCACAUUUUCCUGUCUUGCCAACCAAGUCGACCACACUCCGUGUUGUAAAUCACGAGGCAUUCCAGACGCGUGUUUACCGUUCUGCUCCGGCACGGUUCGGGCCAUCAAUUUCAACUACUUUAAGUGUCUGCAGUACAUGUCCGACUACAGCAGCUGUCUGCUGCAAGGGUACGGUGUUUUGUCAGGACCGCCGUCGAAGCUGAAGGCACCAUUGAUUGCACCGCACUUCGUUGUGCUCGAAUGGAAGCCGCCAAAGAUUUUACCCGAUACGGUAACAUCGUACCAUCUGCACUAUCGACGAUUGGGAAGCGGCGAAGAAUACGCGGUUGUAGAGAAGGAUCAAGCACCGGUUAUUGUUGAAGAUUUGGAGGCUGGUCAGUAUUACGAAGCUUUUGUGGUUGCGGUUAAUGCACAUGGAAAGGGUGGACCAUCCCCACGGCUUGUAUUCCAGACCAAACGAGAGAGCCAAGCGGAGGUAAUAACUCCAUCGUACAACAUGACAGCAUGUUGUCACGCAUCUGGGCUGUUACCGCAAUGCGGUGCUCUGUGCAGCUAUGACGUCAAGAUGUCUGAUCUACAGAAACUUGGAAACACAUGUCGAGGUCAGAUCGCCACGAUCGUUCGGUGUAGCGCUGGUGGUAGAGAUCACACAUCUUGUUGCGCCCGCCGAGCUGUUCCACCAAAAUGUCAAUCACUGUGUCGAGGAGUCAUCACCCAAUCACCAGCCGACUGUCUACCGUAUGCCGGCAACAUCAUUCAAUGCUUCGAGGAAGGGAUCGGCCACAUUCCACCGCCAAUAGAAAAUCUGCACGUUACUUCUGUCACCAACACUAGCAUUUCACUCGCUUGGGUUCCUUCGGAAACAGACGUCAACAACACUGAAACGAAGGCAACGGACUUCGUAGUUCAGUAUGGUAAAGUUGACAACAUGACCAUGUACGAAACUAUCAUCAAAUUGGAGAACGAGAUCAACACUACGGAAACUGAUAUAGAACUGAACAACCUAGAACCAAAGGCCUUAUACCGAAUCACCGUCAUAGCUCGUGGUUCUCACGGAACUUCCCUUCCAUCGUCCAUGCUUCUCAUCAACACUUCCCGAACAGACAAAGCCAGUACAGUUUUCGGCGCCCCUUCACCUCCACAUUCGCUAUCAGUCUCAUCGCACAGUGCCACUUGGAUCAACGUUGCUUGGCAACCUCCAGAGUUUUCUCAUCCUCAUGAGACCAUUACCUACCGAGUGAUCCACAAGGUUGCCAAUAACUUCACAGUGAUCGAUACCCGUCUUCUGGGUGUCCGAAUUGCCAACCUCCAACCAAAUACUCAGCACAUUGUCUACGUAGUUGCUUUGGGAGCUAAGGGAACCAGUUUACCGUCGGAGACCUUGGUCGCGUGGACUGAUCCAGCCCUGCCUGCUUUUGUUGACCCUCCAACUGUUCAUCCAUCGGAUAUCAUUUCCGAGGGUGGUUCAAUGACAAUCCUCUGUCUGGCCUUGGGAAACCCAGCGCCAACCAUUUCUUUGUACGUCGGGGGCCAUUUGGUUCGUCAGGAUACUUCCCGGCACAUGAUUACUGUGAUACACAACGUUACCACCGACAUGGAGCACAUUUCCUGUUAUGCUGACAACGGCUACGGGAUCCCAAUGCAAGCCUCCAAGAAGGUUAACAUCAGCUUCGCACCGAGAAUUCAAGCUUCUGGAAUCACUGUCGCAUCGGUAGGGGAAUCCGUUGACCUAAAAUGUACCGUUCGAGCACGACCUAUUCCGAAAACUAUGUUCUGGCGCGAUCAUGAUGGUCGAGUUCCCGUAAUCCAAGGCGGCAACUAUGCAAUGUCUAUGAAAAACGAUGUCGAUGACACAUCCCUAUACACAAUGACACUGACAGUCAACAAAUUGACAGCUCAAGAAGUCGGGGACUAUUUCUGCCAUGCUGAAAAUGCUCUCGGGUCGUCGACCCGAGCUGUGUCGGUCCGCAUCAGGAACACAGCUGCAUCUACCAACAUUUCCGAGUGUUGCGUUACUCAGAAUGUCUCGUCCGCCUGUAUGAGUGCCUGCUCCUUCUACAUCGAUAUCGAAAGCGUCAUCGACCGACCGGAGUGUAUCGUGGAUUUCGACAAACUGAUGAAGUGCGCCGCCGACGGAUCGGAUCAUCGCGGGUGCUGCGCAUCCAAAGACAUACCGAGACGAUGCCUGAACUGGUGCCGUGGUGAGCCCAUCUCUCCACCAGGUACCUGUGCCUUGCAGCAUACCCGAACCAUCGUGGGAUGCUUCCAGGAGAAUAGGGAACGACUCCCUGGACCACCCCAGAACUUGCAGGUUCAAGUUCUGAAUGAUGAAGAAGCUCUCAUUAGAUGGGACCCACCGGUUAAAAACCCGCAUGCUGUAGAAGGCUAUCGGGUGUUCUGGCACGAUCUGGAACCAGUGUCGGACAAUCUGUCGAAUGUGAUCAGCGGGUUGGGAACCAGCCGGUUGGAUGCCCAGGAAACCAGCAUCAAACUGGAAGGUCUCAAACCGAACGUAAUGUACGAACUUGUCAUCAAGGCCGGUAACCAUUUUGGAGCAUCGGUCCUUUCGGAACCGUUGCGGUUCACCGUUGGCGAUCAGCACAUAACGUCCGCUUCGCAGGCCUCGAACGCAGGAGUGAUCAGUGGAAUCAUUGCUGGAAUUUUGGCAAUUGCUUUGGCAAUCGCUGCACUUGUGAUAAUGAAGAAGCGGAAAAUUGGCCAGAAGCAAGCCAAUGGUGGAGUGGCCUUCGAGAAUCCAAGUUAUCUGCGCGAGAUGAACGUGGAACAUGUUCAGAUCCCAGCCGUUUCCGGCCAAAACGGAACCGAUUGGCGACAGGAGUCCCUGCACACCGCCAACGGAACCGCCACCACCGGUCUCAAUCAGGAAAACUCGGUCGUCCCCAUGGCCACCGAGGUGAAUCCUUCGUUGUACGAAGAGCUCAAGCUAGGCCACGAUCGGGCCGGAUUCAAAAGACUUGUUUCUUAGGAAUUGCAGAAUCCUGCUGCGCCCGAAGGGGGCGAGAACUAAACGCCUCCCAGGAACUGGCAGAGUGGAAACGAAGAAAAAGUGUACUUGUAAAUAUACCAACGGACAGUUUUAGAUGUGAUCAAUUGUGAGACGAAG